AUGGAGUCUGACGAUGAACGAGACUCAGGGACAGAAUCCGAUGAUGAAAAUAUUGAGAUUGAAAAUAUUAUAAAUGAUGAUGACGGAAAUCAUCAUGAUACCUCAAGUUACGGCAGUCUUUCUCCGAUAAACCAUCCACCCAGUCCAGGGCAGCUUGAUUCACAUCUCGGUCUGGAUGAGGACUCCCAAAUAAUGGACAGAACUCACGAAAUUACUGAAAAUAGUGUAGAGACCAUAAGUUUUGCCUCAGAACUGGAAGGUCGUUCGUGGGAAUUCGGCCGUCACAGCUCUGAAGAAGAACUGGCACAAAUUAAUCGUGAGGGUGUUGCCGAGAAACGGAAGUGGUCACAAGUUUUACGUAACGGUUGUUGUGACAGCGCUGGAUCUUCGGACGAGGAAGUGAAAGAACUCAUGUUAAGACCUCAACCAGUUCUAUUCAGAGCUUCCCCACCUAAAGGUGUUCAAAAACUCAUUCAUUCUCCUCCUGCUAAGUAUUUCUUUACUAAUGUUAGUCGUGUUCCCGUGGCAGCCAUAUCACCCAGGAAACGACACCGUCAGAUAUCCGUGACGGAAGUCGAUCAAGAUUCUGGUGUACAGAGACCAUGUUUGGAUUUUGAGAAAAUGCAGAAUUUUAUUUUUCACCAAGUUAGAUCUUGUCAAGUUUAUUAUCAUAGGAGAAAUAUUAUUUAG